AUGAUGGCCUACCGCGUCCGUGCGUGCCCCAACGUGUGCCGCACCCACGCCAUUUACGUGGACGCCUACUCGAUCUACAUAGUGCAGGAGCUCCUGGUCGGCGGCUCCCUGCAGGCCCUCUAUGACGCCCACGGCAAACUCGACGAUGCCGAGGCCGCCGCGGCGCUGCGCGGCGUGCUGGGCGCGCUGGCGGCCUGCCACGAGGAGGGCAUCUGCUACGGAGACGUCAAGCCCGCCAACUUCAUGCUGGCCUCCCUCUACCCCUCGGUCCUCCACCUCGCCGACCCCUCGAUGCCCAAGGGCAACCUGGACGUCCGCAUCGUCGACUUCGGCUGCGCCCAGGCCUGCCCCGACGAGUCCUCCCUCGAGGGCCUCAGCGGGACGCCCGUCUACAUGGCGCCUGAGGUCGCGGCCGGGCAGCCCUACGGGCCCGCGUCGGACCUGUGGGGCGUGGGCGUGAUGCUGUACCAGCUGCUGACGGGGCGGUUCCCCUACUGGGACUGCGACCUGGAGACGCUCAAGGCGAUGCCGACGCGGCAGGUGCUGCAGGACGUCGGCGCGGGCAACGUGAUGCUCGACACGCCGUCGACGGCGGCGCUGUCGCCGGGCGCGCGCGCGCUGCUGGGCGCGCUGCUGGAGCGCGACCCCGAGAGGCGCAUCGGCGCGCGUGAGGCGCUGGCGCACCCGUGGCUGGCCGGCGGCGGCGCCGGCGGCGCGCAGGCGCAGUGA